AUGUUCUCGCGCAUACGCCCUACAGUGGGCCGAGCGCCCGGAGUCUCUCGAGUGCACCUUAGCGUCAUUCAAUUCGGGUAUAGAACGUCCAAGAAAGCCUUUCAUACCGAUGGCAGGACUCGGAUAUCGAAUUUUUGGAUUCCGACGGGAGGUAUCACGAAGAAGCCAGUGGAGGGUGAAAGAGAGGACACAAAUGACCUCCUAGUGAGGGGUGGCUUCUUGCGACAGGCGUACGCGGGAAUUUUUCACAUGCUGCCAUUGGGGUUGCGCGUGCAGGAUAAGCUUGAGAGACUCAUAGAUAAGCACAUGCAGUCAGUCGGCGCAUCUAAGGUGUCACUCUCGUCGAUAUCAUCCCAAGAGCUCUGGGAGCAAUCGGGACGCCUCAAAGAGGGGUCGGAUGUCUUCCGUUUCCUUGACCGCAAAGAAGCACGCUUCAUCCUCGCGCCCACUCAUGAAGAGGAGAUUACGACUCUUGUCGGGAGUCUUACCAAGUCGUACCGAGAUCUGCCCGUGCGCGUGUACCAGAUUUCGAGAAAAUACAGAGAUGAGCAGAGACCCCGGCAGGGUCUUCUUCGCGGUCGAGAAUUCAUCAUGAAAGACAUGUACACGUUCGACUACAGUCCCGAGACCGCUCUCCAGACUUACGUGGCUGUCAAAGGCGCCUACACACGGCUUUUCGACGAGCUCAAAAUCCCCUACCUGGUCGCUGCUGCGGACUCGGGUAAUAUGGGCGGGAGCCUGAGCCACGAGUUCCACUUCCCCAGUGCGAAGGGUGAAGACACAGUCAUCAGCUGCACCAGUUGCGACAAUGUGUACAACGAGGAGCUCGCGGACGGAAAGGCUCACGCUGGCGUGGACGAACAGCCUCAGACUCAUCAGAGACCUGGCUUCGACACCGGUGAGAACUCCGGUGAGGCCACGCCCGCCGUCUCAGUCGGUCUGUGGAUGUCCAUCUCCAAAGACAAGAACACGCUGCUGCGGUGCUGGUUUCCGCAGUACACCAUCCAAGAAAGCCCUGUGGAGAGAGAGGUGAACUCCCACGCCGUCAAGUCCAUCGCCGACGCCGCUGGGAUGGAAAUCGAUGUCAGCGUCGAGAACCCGCUCCAGCAAUGGGCAACGCACGUCAAGCUCCACAAGGCUUCCGCUCAGCGCCCGCGGAUCGUGGAUCUGUAUGACUCGCGCGUGCGCGCAUACAAGCGCCCCCCGCUUACCGACACAUUGGAGGAGGUCGGCUGCACAGCGGAGGACGUGGAUUUCUCGAAGCUGGAUCGCUUCCCAGGCACGAACAGCCAUCUGAACUUGGUGCGGGUCCACGAGGGCGAUCGAUGCUCCAAAUGCGGCGAGGGUCUGGCACAGACGCACAAGGCAGUCGAGCUCGGUCACACAUUCCAUCUAGGCACCCGCUACAGCGAUGUCCUAAAGGCCACCGUGAUGGUCGACCAAUCUGCUAUGCCCAAGAACAAAGACAGCAACAAAUCCGGCCCCCAGACCGUACCCAUGGAGAUGGGCUGCCACGGAAUCGGCGUUUCGCGCAUGAUCACUGCGGUAGCGGACAGCCUGGCGGACGGCAAGGGACUGAACUGGCCUCGCGUCAUCGCGCCGUACGAAGUUAUCAUCGUGCCGGGCAAGGGGCUCGAGGCGGAAGCGGAGAAGGUCUACGACGCACUGACCGUGGCGCCUACUUCUGCCUUGGAUGUGAUUCUGGAUGAUCGCGACAAGCAAAUGGGCUGGAAGCUCGGCGAUGCGGACCUGAUCGGAUACCCGGUCAUCAUUGUGGUUGGUAAGGGAUGGAAGAAACAGCAAACCUUGGAGGUACAAUGCCGUCGGCUGAGCGUGCGUGAGGAUGUCACACUUGAGGCUCUUCCGGCGUUUGUGCAAUCUCUGCUGCAGCGAUUGUAA